CAGGUUAAAAUUGGCAUUUUAUACUCUUUAUUAAAGCACUAAUUACAGUUAUAUUUUCAAAAUAGAUAUUUUACAAAUAUUAAUGAUUGAUACUAGUAAUGCCCUCUCUGUAAUAGCCUCCCAAGUAACCCAUAGUUCUGUUCUCUAGCCAUUUCAAAUUACAGUAUUCUUUUUUUUAAGGACACAUUUAGUUUUGUACAUUUCAGCUUCAUAUUGUACUGGUUGUUAAUGAAAUUUUAUUUAUACUCUUAUAAAACCCGGUUCUGGACUAAAGAAAUAUUUUAGAAUUUAAAUUAUAUCCCAUAUUGCUUAUUCCAUACUUUAUUUAAUUAUUUUAUAACGAAUAAUGAUUAAUUGGGCAUGUACAAUUAUUGUGUAUGUUGUACUGUUCAUAGUACAAUAUCUGAUUUUGGCUUGACCAUACCAGAUAUGCUGGUUGAUUUUACUCGGACUGACCUAUCUAAUUUUUGUCUCUUUUUAUCUAAUGUAAAUAUUAGUUUUCUUGGAAGAUAGCAAGAAGUUGCUGGUCUAGGCAAAAUCGAAAUUGAUUGUCAUAGUGACACAUAUUUUCAUUGCCAACUUCCUUGGGCCACAAAUUUUGUUAUUUAUUUUUUAUAAAAGGUUUUAUGGUACUUAUAAAAAAAAGUUAAGUUAUUUUGUUAUAUAUUUCGAUUGGCAAUACACUUUGUGCGUGAUUGCUUAAAUACGGGUUUGACCUCUGCGGUCGUUCCUUUUUCCCAGACCGCCGUCAUGAAGUGAAGAGUGCUUUAGUUCUUUAUGAAAUUCGUGUGAAUUUUACCCAUAUGGGGAUAUAAUUGACUAAAUGUGGUGAUAGUAAAUCAACUUUUUGGGCGUAAUGCUGUAAUUUGUUGUUUUGUUGAAUUUACUGGCCUUUAUGGCGAUUUAAAACCUAAUAAUUUUUCACGUGCCCUCGAACAUCGGCAAAAUAGCGGUUCUGAUUGGCAUUGGCAGGGGACAAUUUUAAUUAGCAAAGCUACAUAACAUGGAUUUUGAACGGAUUUUUUUUGUACGGACCUGAUUUCUUCAUGUCACAUGGUGCUUUCGUUUUGGGGUUAUGUACUCUACUGGCUCUAAUCUAGAAGGAGAUUUUAAGCAACUGUGAGCUAACGUCUAACCUAGACCACUACCAGAGCUUGGCGUAUUGUGAAGUGGAAGAGGUGAAGCUUGGAAGCCUGCAGUUUUUUUUCUUUGACUGGGAUUUGGAUGUCUGGGAGAGUCUCGAAUCUGAAGUAGUCUGCUGUGUGUGGAGCUAGGUGACACAACAUAACAUUUUUUUUAUUCUCUUAUUUUAUUUUUAUUAUCACAACUUUUAUCUUUUGAGUUGAGAUACAUACAUAAGCUUAUUUAAAAUUUUAUUGACAUUAUUUAAUCGAUGCUAUUUUAUUAUUGAAUAUUACUGAUAAGAGUACAUAUAUGUGUGACAAGUGACUCCUGUGAGGUAAGACGCAGCCGGCUUCGUAGUACUACGAGUAUAUACUUGGGUUAUAUUAUUUAUUUUCAGACUACUCCUAAGAUGUCAAAUUUUCUCAGAUUAGCUAGUAAAUAUUAGAGUAAACUAAUAAAAGGGUAAUUUUUAAGUGGGGAAGCUUCAACAGUUAGGGUUGUUAUUUUUUUUUUUUUGCUUAGGUCAAUGUCUGUGGCGGGAUAUACCGGGCCAUGUAAGUUAUUAGUUUAAUUGAAUUGAAGCUUCAUUCCCCAAAGUUUGGGUGUAACAUAAUUUAUUUUAUUUUGACAACCACACUUUGAUUGUGUAUUUUUUUGUGUGAUGUUGUGGUUCCUUAUUACCAACUUAAAUAAUUAUUCCUCUUAAUGAUAAAUAAGAUAACAUAAUUCUCUGUGAUAAUCAAGACUUAAAUAAAUUGUUAUUUUCUGUUGUUAAUUUGUUUUUCACUUGAGUUGAGUAGGUUGGAAUAUCAUAGGUAAUUUGGAAACAAUAGUGUAUACUGAUUUGACUUUGAUUUUGUUUUCCAAGUUUCGUUUUGAACUUGCCUAAAUAAAUUUUGAUAAAUAUUGGGCGUCCUUUGGGAUUAUAUAAAAUCCAAAACUUGGUGGCGCCAUACUGAUUUUGACAUUUAGUUGGGUAACUCUUGGGUAGUUACUACCUAAGAAAUUUUGGUUCAUUUGGUUGAGAAAGAAGCUAGAACCCACAUCGGCUUGAGCUAGCAGCAUUGUGAAGGAUUCCUUCUCUGGGCGUUUCAGGUAAGAGGGGUUAAGUUCCUCCGGGCAUCAAACAACUUUUGGAGACCCUCUUAAGGCCAUAAACCUUUCACUAUUUUUAGUACUUCUUUUCUUUUGAUUAACUUGGCAUUCAUCGCUUCACUACCAUCAUUCCAUUUUAUUGCACUUUAGAAAAAAAAAAUAUAACAUAGUUUUAUGUCGAGACAUUCACCAGGGGCCAAUUGUGAGGAGGAUGAGACUGACGGGCCCUUGGAUAAUUUUAAACAUUUCAUUUUAAAUGAUAAUUUCCAAAAACAAGAUGUUAGCGAAGAAAAAAGUACAAAUAUCGAAGAAAAUAUUAAAAGCCUUCCUCCUGCUUUAAUUAUAAGGAGAUCAAAAAUAGCUAAAUGCACUUAUAAUUAUAUAUCUGGAUUUAUUUUAAGAAAAAUGAAUAAGUUAAUUAAAUGUAAACGAUGUAAACAAAACAUGUCUGGUAGAGAUCAAAUGGUGGAUCUUGAUUUCAUUCAAGCCCGACAAUAUGAAAAUUGUAAGUUAGCGAUUCCAGGAACCUAUCUUAAUUAUUUAGUUAGUGAGGCAUUACCAAGGCUAUUUUACUUAAUACCUAGAGUAUGUGACAGGGAAAAAGUUUACAUAGUGUUACAAAACAUUUUGUCAAAAGAGAUUUACACUAAUUUACUUAAUUGUAGUAAGCAUAACGAUACAAACAAGAUCUUUUUAAAGUAUGUAGUAAGGUGCUCUCUUUUUUUUGGUGCAAAAAAAAAUCUAAUAUUAAAAGGCUGUUAAGAAAAUUUGCUACUUUAAAUAAUAUUUAAGUUUAAUACAUUUUUGACCGUACGAAAACUCCUUCUUCUUGCGAAAAGAGCCAGACGGUUUUCCGAGUAUCUUCUUCCCGGCUUGAAAAAUAAUAUUUGUACGUAUUUGGUAGUUUAGUUAAGUUUUGGUUGUCGAUUAGUAUUCGUUACGAUGACAUAAGUUUAAGUCCGUGGCCGUCGUGGAUUGUAACGAUAUUUUAUAUCGGCAGAAUUUACCAUUUUAUGUGUUUUAAUACCGUGAUAAAUGUUAAUUGAACCAGUGAUGUACAGUCUGUGUUUUUAACGAAAUAAAAAUCCGAUUAAGAUAAAUUUGAGUCGCUUUUAUUUCAAACAUUUUUGGUCUUCGAGCUCGGAUUUAUUAUUUUUGGGUCCUUCCAUGUGAACUUUUAGUGUUUUCGUGCAUGGUGUUGCACGAUUGGUUCUUGGAUAAAACGGUAUAAAUUGGUAAACACAAUUUGGGGAUUGGAAAGUGAAUUUGAUGUGUGAAUUCCAGUGUGGACUUUCCAAUCGUAAAUAGUCAGGCCCGGACUUGGAAUUUGUUUAAUUUGGGAAUUUGUCUAUUGUGAGAGGCAAGUUACAAAUAGCUGGCUUAUUAAGCGUUUUGCUGUGGAUACUAAACGCGCUGUGAAGAGCUGUACGCUAUUUGAAGGGUUUAUUUGUGGGGACCCAGGAGGUGUUGGUAGCUGGUGCUGGUGGCCUUAUUCCUUAUUGGGUGGGCUCUUAAGCCGCAAGUGGCUUAAAAAAGUGGACUUUUUUGGACAGUGCUUCGUAGUGUGGAGUGUGGCGAGUAAGAUUUGGUAAAAAAUAGUAAAGAACAGGUAACAUAGGUUAAGAAUUUUGUGGCCUCUAUAUUACUAUAAAUUUUGGUGCAUAUUUGUGUUUGCGUUACGUAUUAGGAUACAGGGCUUUUAUAUAAAAUUGUACAAUGGAGGAAGAGCUUAAAUUGUUAAUUAAAAAGCGAGGGGCUGUGAAGGGGCGAAUCACUCUUUUCAGAAAAUAUUUGGCAGAAAUUGAGGAUAAAGUUUCUAAUUUGGGGGAAAAUGAGCUUUUAGAUGAAACCCUUCUUAUAGAGUUAGAAACUAGAUGUAACAAAAUUGAGGAAAUCUUUGGGGAGUUUGAGGGUUAUCAAACUGAGAUAGAAUUAAAUUCUAAUGAAGAAGAUUUUGAAUUGAGGCUUAGUGAGAGGGAUGCUUUUGAAAAUGAUUAUUUUAAAGCGGUGAGUAGGGCAAAAAAGAUAUUAAAAUCUCGUAAGGACGGGGAUAAUAAAAGCGAUAUUUCGAGUGUAUCUGAGGCACCCUCAAACAUGAAUUCUGGGGCAAGUUUAAAUGUGAACAACGCGGUUCGCAAUGUGGUUACGGAAAAUCUUUCAAAUAGUGUUAAAUUACCGUUAAUUAAUAUUCCAACUUUUGAUGGGUCUUAUAAUAAAUGGCUGGAAUUUAAAGACACAUUUGAGAGUUUAAUCCAUAAAAAUCAGGGUAUCAGUGAAGUACAGAAAUUUCAUUAUUUGAGGGCGCAGUUAUUGGGGUCUGCUAAGCAAGUAAUCGAAUCUAUUGAGUUUAGCGCCGUAAAUUACAACAUAGCGUGGGAGUCAUUAUGUAAAAGAUUUAAUAAUAAAAGAAUACUUAUCCAAAACCACAUUUCGGGAAUUUUUGAGGUUUCUCCUUUGCGACAUGAGUCUUCUGAGGGCUUGAGAAACUUGUGUGAUACGGUGUCGAAACAUUUGCGGGCAUUAGAAAAUUUGGGUAGACCGGUGCAAUCUUGGGAUGAUUUAAUAAUUCAUCAUUUAGCCUCUAAGUUAGAUCGUAUUAGUUUAAAAGAGUGGGAGAGCCUUAAGGUUAAAAAUGAAACUCCUUUGUUGUCAGAUUUUAAAGAGUUUAUUAAAGGUAGGGCUGAUCUGUUGGAAACUCUAGAACAUUCUAGGAGUCCCAAGGUAGAGAAAGAUCACAUUUCAGGUAACUGGCGUAAACCCAAGGAACAAAAGGCAUUUUUAAGCGUUGGUAAGAAGUGUCCAGUGUGUAAAGACCUUCACGAACUGGUAAAUUGCAAAAGGUUUUUGAAUUUCCCUGUUCCAAUUCGAGUUAGUAUUGUAAAAAGAAAUAGGCUUUGUAUGUGCUGCUUUUCCUCUAAUCAUUUUAGUAUGAAGUGUACUGCACCUAAGUGUGCAAAAUGUAGUAUGGAUCAUCAUACAUUAUUACACUACUCUAGGGCCUCCUUAGAGGGGAGUAGUGCUCAGGUAAAUAAGGGCCAGGAAGUUGUUGUUAGUACUACGAGUGGAGGUACAGAGCAGACUAGUAUCACUAUGUCUACGAGUAGCGGUAAAAAUUGUGGGUAUCGCGGCCAACAGGUUUUGCUCUCAACAGCGGUGGUCAAGGUUAAGGAUGUCUAUGGUGAACUACAUGAAUGCAGGGCUUUAUUGGAUUCGGGUUCGAUGAGCAACUUUCUGACGGAAAAGAUGUAUAACAGGUUAGGGUUGCAGGGUAAACCAGUCGACGUUUCUGUGGUAGGGAUUAGUCAAAGCGCAUGCAAUGUAAAAAAAAGGUGUGAGGUUGAAUUUUUGUCUAGUUUGGGUAACUUUAAGGCUUCAAUCUCAUGUUUAAUAAUUCCGAGCAUAAGUGAGGAACUUCCACUUUAUGAGGUCAAUUUGAAGGCACUGAAUAUCCCUGGAAAUAUUCAGCUGGCAAAUCCAGGCUUCCAUAUCCCAGAAGAGAUUGAUAUGCUGAUUGGGGCUGGAUUUUUUUGGAAACUCGUGCGAGAUGGGCAAAUAUCGUUGGGCAAUGGUAUGCCAUGCCUCCAAAAUACAUGUUUGGGUUGGAUUAUUUCUGGAGAGUUCCAAAAUAAUAUAUCUGGUGGGAAAAAUUCUAAAACUAUUUGUAAUUUUGCAAUGGAUUUGGAUGAGCAAAAUCAGUUGCAAAAGUUUUGGCAAUGGGAGGAACCAGGAUUGACAAAAAAUGAGAAUUUGUCUUCUGAGGAGGUAAUGUGUGAAAAUUUGUUUGUUUCUACAACUUCUCGUGGUGAGGAUGGUCGAUUUGUGGUGACUAUUCCUUUGAAAGAUUCUGUAGAUAAACUUGGAGAUUCAAAACAAAUGGCUUUGCAAAGAUUAUUUUCCUUGGAAAGAAGGUUUCAAAAAAGUGAGUCGUUGCGUAAGCAAUAUGGCGAAUAUAUGGCCGAAUAUGAAAGAGUGGGCCACAUGACUAAGACUAGUGAUUUUCAGGAGGAUGAGGUGUCUUUCUUUCUUCCACAUCAUGGAGUGAUUAAAGAGGACAGCUCUACAACAAAAUUAAGAGUUGUGUAUGAUGGGUCGGCACAGUCAAGCAGUGGCGUCUCCAUUAAUGACUUACAAUACAUUGGACCUAAAAUACAGGAUAAUCUGUUGUCGAUUCUGUUACGAUUUAGGCAAAACAAGGUGGCAUUUUGCGCAGAUAUUGCGAAAAUGUACAGGCAGAUUUGGUUGAGGGAUGAUCAGAGGUCAUUACAAAGGGUCUUGUGGCGAAAUGAUCCAUCUGAAGAGGUUGAGAUCUAUGAUUUAAACACGGUGGUUUUUGGUUUAACAUCUAGCCCCUUUUUAGCCGUCAGGUGUCUAAAGCAGCUUGCGUUGGACUACCAGGCGAGUCAUCCGAAUGCUUCUAGAAUGAUAAAUGCUGAUUUUUACGUGGAUGAUCUCAUUUCCGGUUCGUCAUCUCUAGAAGAGGCAAUAGAGGUGUGUAAAGAGACUUCUAGUAUUUUAAUAUCAGCAGGUUUCGAGUUAAGAAAGUUUUGCUCCAAUAACAAGGUUUUUUUGAGUCAGAUGGGUCCAGAUAAUCCAGAUAUAGAAGGGCAUAAUGUUGUGUUGGAUCUAGGUGAAGGUGAAAAAACCAAAACAUUAGGACUAUUUUGGAACUGUUCUUUGGACGUGUUUACGUAUAAAAUUGGAUCUUCGUUGAAUAAUGAUGUGAUAAGUAAAAGAAAAAUACUCUCUGACAUUGCUCAGAUAUUUGACCCGUUGGGUUUGCUAAGUGCUAGUAUCAUAAUUCCUAAAAUCAUCUUACAGAAACUGUGGUUGCUUAAAUUGUCGUGGGAUGAUGAAAUUCCAAUAGAGUUAAGGAAUGAGUGGUUAAGGUUUAAAAGUGAAAUGUUGGAAUUUAAUAGUCUUUUAAUUCCCAGAUUUGUGUCAUGUGAAAAUCCAAAAAGGAUGGAAUUGCAUGGGUUUUCUGAUGCAAGUCAAAAUGCAUUUGGGGCUUGCGUCUAUAUCAGAACCGUUGACAGUUUAGGUUGUUUGCAGGUUAAAUUACUAUGUGCUAAAAGUAGAGUGGCACCAAUAAAGGCUUUAACUAUACCAAAAUUGGAACUGUCAGCUGCAUUAUUACUCUCAAAACUGGUUCAGGAGGUUUUAGAAUCAAAGGUGCUACAUUUUGAUGAAAUGAUUUUAUGGUGUGAUUCAACUGUAGUGUUAAGUUGGAUUAGGUCGCCGGCAAAUCAGUUUAAUCAGUUCGUAUCAAAUCGAGUGGCUCAGAUACAAACUUUGGUAGAUUGUGACAAAUGGCGAUAUGUAAAAUCUGAAGAUAACCCAGCUGAUCUGGUGUCCAGGGGUGUCUUUCCAUCUAAGUUAAAAAACAACAAGAUGUGGUUUAAUGGUGCUGAUUGGUUGGGACAGUUGGAAUAUUUUGUUAAAGAUGUAGAAAUUGUGAGUUUAGAUAAACUUCCAGAAACCAGAAAAAAGAUCCAGGCUCAUGUUUGUGUUGAGAAUAUUCCCUUUGAGCUACUUAAUAAGGUUUCAGAUUUUGAUAAAUUAAAGAGGAUUUUUGCUUGGUGUAAAAGAUUUCUGGAUAACUGUAGGAGCAAUAAACUUGGGAAAUUGCGUCGUUUUGGAGAGUUAUCUGUGGACGAAUUGAGAAAUUCUGAGAGGGAAUUAGUGAAAAUUGCUCAAGGUGAAAGUUUUUCUAAGGAGUUGGCUGUUCUAAGGAAAUGUCAAUUCAUAAAAAAAGGUAAAUUGUCAGGGUUAAAUGCUUUUCUUGACAAAGAUGGUAUUUUGAGAGUCGGUGGUAGGUUGAGGUUGUCAGGUUUUGAGUAUGACAAGAAGUUUCCUGCCCUAUUAAGUAGUAAACAUAUUUUAUCCAGGCUAAUUGUGAGGCACGAACAUAAAAUAUUGCUACAUGCUGGUCCUCAGAUGGUAUUGAGCUCCAUAAGAGAAAGGUAUUGGCCUAUUGGGGGGAGAAAUUUAGUAAAGAAAAUAAUUUACGAGUGUGUGGUAUGUGCGCGAGUUAAGCCGUUAUCUCUUGGGAUUCAAAUGGGCAAUCUUCCAAAAUCACGUUUAACGAUUCAGCCUCCUUUUAAUAUUACGGGGGUGGACUUUGCGGGGCCGUUUAAUCUCAAGAUUGCACAAGGUCGCGGUAAUAGAUUAUAUAAGGGUUAUAUAUGUUUAUUUGUGUGUUUCACGACACGUGCCAUACACUUAGAAGUUGUCACAAGUUUGUCAACAGAGGCUUUUAUAGCCACACUUAGAAGGUUUGUCUCGCGUAGGGGAAAACCAAGUGAAAUUCACUCUGACAAUGGUAAAAACUUUUUGGGAGCCUCUUCAAAAUUAAAAGAAUUUGGUCAUUUUUUAGAGGAUAAUCAAUCCAAAUUGGAAGGGUUGGUCAAAGAUGAGGGUAUAGAAUGGCAUUUCAUUCCUGCCUACUCGCCUCAUUUUGGAGGCCUUUGGGAGGCAGGCGUCAAAACUGUCAAAUAUCAUUUAAAAAGGGUGGUUGGCAAUCAUAAUUUAAGUUAUGAAGACUUUACAACGAUUUUGUGUCAAAUAGAGGCCAUUGUCAAUUCACGUCCUUUAACUCCGAUGUCAUCCGAUCCUCGCGAUCUGGAUGUAAUUACCCCUGCGCAUUUUUUAAUAGGUAGACGGCUUACCUCGGUACCUGAUAAGAACUUACUUAGUGUUAGUGAAAACAGGUUAGCGCGUUUUGAAAAGCUGCAACAAAUGCAGCAGAGCUUUUGGUCUAGGUGGUGUAAGGAAUAUGUGGCUGAACUUCAAAAUCGUGUCAAGUGGAAGCACAGUAUGGACAAGUUAAAGGAGGGUGACUUGGUUUUGAUCAAGGAGGACAAUAUUCCACCUUUGGAUUGGCGAAUGGGACGAGUAUUACGGCUUUAUCCAGGUGUCGAUGGAACCAGUCGUGUUGCAACUCUUAAAACUUUACGUGGUGAAGUUACUCGUUCUUUUUCUAAGUUGUGUCCGCUUCCAAUCGAAGCAGAUAUUAAAUAACGGGUGCGUGUUGUUUGUGUAAUGUGUUAAUUUAAUUUAAUUACGUUUAGUUAGGUUUACAGUUGUUUUGAGACUAUGUUAGUAUAUGUCAACAUAGUCAUGUUUGUAACCGUUUUAUGUAAGAAGAAAGUAAGAUAUGUUAGGUGUUAGGGUUUAUUAUCUUACAAGUAUUUUGUGGUUUGUUGAAAGUCUGGAUUCUUUCAAGGCGGGGGGGAUGUUAAGAAAAUUUGCUACUUUAAAUAAUAUUUAAGUUUAAUACAUUUUUGACCGUACGAAAACUCCUUCUUCUUGCGAAAAGAGCCAGACGGUUUUCCGAGUAUCUUCUUCCCGGCUUGAAAAAUAAUAUUUGUACGUAUUUGGUAGUUUAGUUAAGUUUUGGUUGUCGAUUAGUAUUCGUUACGAUGACAUAAGUUUAAGUCCGUGGCCGUCGUGGAUUGUAACGAUAUUUUAUAUCGGCAGAAUUUACCAUUUUAUGUGUUUUAAUACCGUGAUAAAUGUUAAUUGAACCAGUGAUGUACAGUCUGUGUUUUUAACGAAAUAAAAAUCCGAUUAAGAUAAAUUUGAGUCGCUUUUAUUUCAAACAAAGGCAAAGACGAAAAUUUUGUCAAAUACUUAAGACUUCAACCUGACAAGAAAAGCAUUGACCCGAUAAAAAUAAGUGCUUAUAGGAAAUUUCAAAAAAAAAUUUAAAAAAAAAGAAAUAAAAAUAAGUUAAAACCUCAUCUUUCCGUUAACUGUAGAAUUUUAGAUAUACCGUUGACUUCUACUAAUAUUGCAUCAAUAAACCGAUUGACCCAUUGUGUGGGGCUUAAUAUUUUUAAGCUGCCCUUAUAGAAUACAGGAUCGGCCUUCAAAUUAAUAAACUCAUAUUUUAAUUUUUGAAAUAAUUUUACAAAUAAAGGUUUUUCAUAGACUAUUUCACUAUUGUUUUAUACCGGAGUGUUUUACACCGAUAAAAUAGCAUAGCAACAGUCUGUUUUCUAGUGGCAAAACACUUACCUGAUCCUACCUGGGCAAAACCAACAUGCUGGUUUUUCUGCGACAAAAUUAACAACUCGGUAGGAUGUCAAAUAUAUUUGUUAUAUGAAAAAGAUUUUUUUUGGAAUUUUGAUAAUCUCGUGAAAUAGUCUAGUCCAAAACCA